AUGCAAACAACCACAAAACCACACCUCCACUCCCUCUCCCACCACGGCUACAUCCAAGGCCUCACCAUCUCCGCCUCAUCCACAAACACCCCCCUCUGCCACUUCUUCGGCAACCUCCGCUACGGUCUUCCUGCGCAGCGAUGGCGCAGAGCUUCUGUCCUCCCGGUUGAUUAUAGUUACGGGACGAGAGAGGAGCCGGGGAAGUGUGAGAAGGGCGCGGGGGUAUGUCCGCAGCCGGCGUUUUUGGGACCCGUGGAUAGGAGUGGGUGGAGUGAGGAUUGUUUUCAGGUUAAUGUUUGGGUUCCUGUUGGGGAUGGGCCGGAGGGUGGAUGGCCUGUUCUUUUCUACAUCCACGGCGGCUGGCUCCAAUUCGGCUCCCCUAACGGCUUCUCCGGCGCAGGUAUCCUGGGCGACUCCCCCGUAAACGCCAUAAUCGUCAUGCCGGCCUACCGCCUCAACGUCUUCGGCUUCCUGUACUCCUCCGAACUAGAGCACGACGCGGCCUCUGUCGGCGAGACAACAGGAAACCAUGGAUUCUGGGAUCAACGACUUGCGUUAGAAUGGACGAGAGAUAAUAUUGGGUUGUUUGGUGGGAAUAAGAAGAAUAUCACUGUUGCGGGAUAUUCUGCUGGCGCAUACUCAACCUUCCACCAACUAACCUACGACCUCUCCCUCCCACCCCAACAGUCAAUAAUAAAACGCGCCUGCAUCUGGUCCAACAGCCCCGCCGCCCAACCCAAACAUCCCCCCGAAGCCCAAUCCCAAUUCAACGCCCUCCUCACAACCCUCAACAUCUCGCCCACCCUCCCAGACUCCGAGAAACUAGCCCGUCUGCGCGCCCUCGAUCCAGACACGCUGCUUAAUGCAGCGACAUCUACCCAAUUCCACCAAUACCGUCCAACAUCCGACGGCGCGUUUGUCUCGCAGGACCUGUUUAAGAGCUUGGCGAAUGGGGAGUUUGCGCGACGGUUUAGGGAGCGCGGGAUUAAGGUCUUGCUAGGUGAAACCCGCGACGAACCGAACCUCUACGCACUCUGGUCCCCUCCAGAAGACAAUACCCUAGAUGCACUACGCACCCGACUCAUCGCCGAGUACCCAACGUCCACCGUCGACGCUUUACUCCCACUCUACUACCCCGAUAACAAACUCCCCCCAGGUCAAGAAAACUGGGACAGUGAUGCCUUCGGGCGUAUAUACGCUGACAUGCAAGUCUACAAGAUGCAGCGCGGGCUCAUCCACUCACUCGUCUCGCAUGGCGUUCCUGAUUCCUCAAUCUACAGGUAUCGUGUAGAAAUGCGCGUGAAAUGCGCGGAGAAGCAAAUCCCGAUAGAAUGGGGCGUUACGCAUGCGACGGAUCAUUUUAUUUGGUUCUGGGGGAAUGGGGAGGUUCUCGAGGAGCGGGAGAAGGGGGCUGUUGGGAGGGCGUUGAUUGGGCCGUUGGCGAGGUUUUUGGAUGGGGAGAGAGAUAUUGGGUGGGGGACGAGUAGUCAUCGACAGAUGAGGGUGUUGAAAGGGGAUGGGGAGGUGGGGAUUUGGGAGGAUGAGUUUUGGAAUGAGGCGAUGAGGGUUUGGGGUGCUGUGCCGGAAAUUAGGGAUGGGAGGGAAAAUGCUCGAUUGUAGAUGGACAAUCAUACAGUGAUCUGUAGAUAUGUCACUGCUACGAUUGAAUGACUUGAACGAAAUAAUCAUUCCAAUGAACAUCCGCUAUAUAAAAUAAUCGAAAACGAAACGCUCUAGAAACUCAAAACAUCAUAGCAUCAUGUGCUUAAUUUGUACAGAGAAUCCCACUUUUACCCAAUUAGGCCUUGCUAAUCUUGCAAAUGAGAUCCUGGCUAUCAACCGAGUCGCCCUCCUUGACGAGCAAGCCGGAUGCCUUGCCGCUGUGCGGUGCGGAGAUCACCAUUUCCUAAACUAGUCAGCAUGUCUUUUUCUUUUUCUCGGGGGCCGUGGGGGCAAACUUACCAUCUUCAUGGCGCUGAGAACAGCAACAGGGUCACCCUUCUUGACCUCCUGGCCAUCGUGCACACGGAUCUCAACAACAACACCA